CCCAGCAAAAACCCUUAAAUGGCCUCCAUCCCAAGCCAUGCCUUAAGACACUUCACCUUAACUCGGCCAUGGCUUCGCAAAAUCCGCUGUACGACGUCUCUUGCGUCUUCCAGUGAAGAGCCACACCAAAUUCUCCCUCACAACACCGAUACUGCCGCCAAAAAUUCCAACAACAGCAAGUCACAAGCUUUCUUCCCGAAGAAAAACCAAAUCUUGGAGCUCGAAUGUGAGAGCCUGGCUUUUAAAGGGAAAGGUGUAUGCAAAGUGGCAGAUUCUGGGUUUGUUUUGUUGUGUAACAAUGCACUUCCUGGAGAACGUUUCAUUGGCCGUGUUAGUCGUAAGAAAGGAAGUUAUGCUGAGGUUACAAAGUUGAAGACCUUAUCUCCUCACUGGGACUUUGUAGAUGCCCCUUGUGAGUAUGCAUCGUACUGUGGAGGUUGUAAAACGCAAAACCUGUCUUAUGAGGCUCAGCUCAGAGCUAAGGAGCAACAAGUACGUGAAUUGGUCAUCCAUGUUGGAAAGUUUUCGGAUAAAAACCCGGAUUUCUCACAUAUUAUGAAGCCCAUCGUUCCCUGUGAUACACAGUUUCAUUAUCGGAAUAAGUUUUCAAAUGGUGUUAUUUAUUAUGAGAGAAUAAUUAAUGUUAUCAAGUCAUGUUUUUAUCUUAUUUCAUGGAUCAUUAAUUAUCAUUUCAUGUUCCAAAUUUACGAUUAUUGUUCCAGGGACAUGAGGACUGGUCUACCUGAACUUAUGGUCAACUUUGUCACCUCAUCUUACAAGCCAGAGAUGCUGACCCUGGUUGAGAAAAUUUCAACAAUUCCUGAAGUGGUUAGUAUUAUGAAUAAUGUAAAUACUUCUAUUGGUAACACAUCUGUUGGCGAGGAGGAGUAUACAUUGUAUGGGAAAUCUACAAUCACCGAAAGUUUGAGAGGUCUAACAUUUCAAAUUUCGGCAAACUCUUUUUUUCAGACAAAUACUCAUCAGGCUGAGGUUCUCUAUAAACUAAUUGAAGAUUGUGCUGGCUUGAGAGGAGAUUCUUCCGAAAUUGUCCUUGACUUGUUUUGUGGGACAGGAACCAUUGGUCUAACACUUGCAAAAAAGGCUAAACAUGUUUAUGGUUAUGAAGUUGUUGCUCAAGCUGUUGCAGAUGCUAAUAAAAAUGCCAAGCUGAAUGGAAUAAAUAAUACUACAUUUGUUCAAGGAGAUCUCAAUAAAAUUGAUGAAAAUUUUGGCAAGCAUUUUCCAAAGCCGGAUAUCGUCAUUUCAGAUCCAAAUAGACCCGGUAUGCACAUGAAGUUAAUCAAGUUUCUGCUAAAGCUUAAGGCUCCGAAAAUUGUCUAUGUAUCAUGUAAUCCCGCGACUUGUGCUCGCGACAUUGAUUACCUUUGCCAUGGUGUGGUGGAGCAAAAAAUCAAAGGAUGUUACAAGUUAAAAAGCAUACAGCCAGUAGACAUGUUCCCUCACACUCCCCAUAUUGAAUGUGUUUGCCUAUUGGAGCUUUGUUGAAGACUAGCAUUCACCUAUUGGAUACCUGUAAUUCUUUAAUUUAUUUUAUGAUGAGAAUUCUGAUUAA